GGUAAUGGUUCCUAGUGCGAGAGAUAUCUUUCCAAGCUGAAACUAUUUGGAAUUUGUACCGACAUGUAACUAUCCAAUAUAGACUUGAUUCUGAAUUUAGCCAGAUGUACUUCAUGCGAAGGUUCAAGUUGCAGCUGGAUAAUUCAAUUGUGCUUAUGGUACACGGAAGAUAACUACUAGUUUGGUGGUAGUAAUUAAUGAUAAUUUGAAUGAUAAUAUCCACAAUGUGGUCAGGUGAUGCAAAUUAUUCUCAGUGGGCCUUAAACCCAUCAGCAUAUCAAAAUGUCUCUCACGAGGAAGUGGAUUGGGCAGCUCUUGCCCAACAAUGGAUUCAAAUGAAAGAAACACAUCCAAAUGAACAAAUUCCACCAGCACCUCCACCACCACCCCUGGGAGAUACUAGAAUUACAUCAGAAAAAAAGAAGGAUGAGGUUGAAGGUGGGGAAGCACCAAUGGAUAUGGAUUCUAAAGAGGAUAUGGACAACUCAAACGCUUCAAGUUCUCAGGAUGCCAGCUCAUGGGGAGCGUGGUCCAACUGGCAGCAGUGGGGAUGGUCGUGGGGGGCGAGUGGAGGGAUAGUACCUCCUGGCGGAGUGCCUCCACCCAACUCCACUGCCGUCCCUGCUGGAAAGGCGCCCCCUGCAGCUGGUGCAACAACGGCUGCCUCUGCCGCUGCUGCAGCAGGGGGAGCCACGCCUUCUGCUGUCACUGCCACUGCUACCCCCACUGCCGCAGGUCCUCCUCCAGUGCCCCCCUUUGGUUUUCCUCCAAAUGCCCAGCCCUUUCCUGCUGGUCCAGGUGGGGUUUUCGAUUAUAACCAUUCAACUGGAAGCGAGCCAUUUAAUCAGGUUAUGGCUGGGGGUUACUGGUCAGGACCUUCUGAUGGUAGUGCUGUGCCUCCUGUACCAGGGGGAGGACCUGCUCCUUUCAUAAGGCACAACCGGCAUGACUGGAAGCGCACAGGCCGCUCACAUGAUCGUACACGCCCCACUGAUAAAUCAGAUGAAGAAGAGGAUACAACUACUGUGAUAGAUGCUGCCAAAAGGAGACAGUUACCUGCAUGGAUUCGAGAAGGUUUAGAGAAAAUGGAAAGAGAGAAACAGAAAAAACUGGAUAGAGAGAGACAAAUAAAAGAGAGGGAAGAAUAUUUACAAAAGAAAAGAGAGGAAGAAGAAAGUGCAUUGAAUGAGCUUGAAAAUAGCACUGGUCAACCUGUGAUACCUAAAAAAAGUAAAUUUGAAAGUGAUUCUGAAGAGUCAGGGCAUGAAGAGAAUACAACAUCUUCUCAGACAUCUAAGAGAAAAUCACGUUUUAGAAAUGUAGAUAGCCCUAGUUCCUCUCCUCCAAGAUCUCGGCAUGUGCCUGUUGCAGAUGCUGAGCCAGUCAAGUCACGUGAAGAAAUUCUUCAAGAAAUGAUGCUGAAAGUACGACGGACGCUAACCGAGAUUUUAUUGGAAGUGACAACCGAGGAAAUGGAAGCUGUAGCAAAUGAAGUGUUGAGUAAGGCAAGAGCCAAAGGUACAUCAUUACUGCGCGUUUAUAUUCAGAACAUUAUGUCGUGGAUUAGUAAAGUACAAUCCAAAAGGAACAGAUAUUCCUAUAUUGUUCCUGCUGUUACUUAAGUAUUAAUAUGGUUUUAACCAUACUGGAGAAGUAAUGUGUGUUUUAUUUAAUUUGAUUAGACUGACAGUCUUGAUGAUAAAAAACAACUAAAUAUAUUACAUUCAUGUUUGAAUGGUGCUUACAACAAGUGAUUAUGGUUCUAUGAACCUUUGUACGGGUGUGACAAUUAAAAAAAGGAAGUUGAAUUUCUAUUUGCAUAUUUAUAAUAUAAGAAUAUUGAAGGUUUGAUCCCUUAUCUUCUCACCAUAAGUUUUGUGCAGUGCUGUUUUCCCAAUUUUAUCUGCCAAUGCUUUGUGAAGAAAGUUAGCUGUCGGCUACUUGCAGAUAAGCUGUUCUUCAUGGAUCUUGGCUGCUUUUUAGGGAACAUAGUAAAAUGAAAAAUGCCAUCUCCCUCUGUCCUUUAUGUGUCACAGUCAUCUUGUACUAAACCACUUUAUAUUUAUGACAAAAGCUCCAGCAAUGCAACUGCGGAAGACCCAGGCAUUAGCAUCUUUGACGGGCAAGCUGGGUCUGGGUAUGUAUGGAGACAGUGAAGAUUCUGACAGUGGAGAUGAAGGUGAUGGCAGCCCACGACAACUCAAUGGAGCUGAUUCGGAUGAAGAACUUAAGGACCGCAUCAUGAGACGAAAGCAGGAAUUCCAGAAAACUGAACGUGAAAUUGAGGCACGGCUGCGAGAUGAAGAAGAAAAAGAAAGAGUAAGAGAAAAGCAGCUAGUGGGGGAUGAGAGUGAAGGGAGCGACGGAGAAGGCAGACAGGUAGAAAACCAAUCUGAUUCAAAGCGUCCUGCUCAUGAGGGUAAGUGCAGUUUUAUUUUUACUGACAGACUAAAUUGGAACAAUGGCAGUACAAUCUUUAAAGCAUCCAGUGUUUUAGAAGAGAUAUUAAAUCACCUUUUUCUUAUUCAGUUGAGAACCAAACUUAUUUCCAAUGUAUCAGUAAUAACUUAGUUUCACAGGAUUAAAUCUGAGGGCUUCAUAUAUAAUAGAUUUUUAUGAAAAUUAAAAAAAAAAAUUAAAAAAUUAAAAAAUUCUUGUUCACUGACCAUUUGCAUGGCACCAAUUCAUCCAUUUGUGUAGUGGUGUCAUCUGUUUCUGCCAUGUUAGAAUAAAUAAAAUUUUCCAAUCUUUGAAUUUUGACUAAUGUGAAUCUAUUAAUAACUAAUCUAGGAAAAGCUUCUAAAGGAAGAAAAAAGAAAUCUAGUCAGUGAUGCAGUUAGAUUUAAAGGGAUACAUUAUGUUUUAAUAAAAAGAAAAGGUCACCAAUAAUUUUAGUAAUUGUUGCCUAAAAUCAGGAUCAAGGGGCAUUUACUAAAUAAUUAGUCUUUUCAUAUGAUUCAUUUAUUGAUGCAAGAUAACAUGCUUCUAGGUUCAGAAGAAGAAGAGGAGAAGGUUCAGAGAAAUCUGCAUCCACAGGACUCUUCAGAUAAAGUUCAAGGAUCCCGGGAAUCUUAUUCCUCUUCGAGGAGAGCAUCGCGUGAGGAGAAAACUGAUCAUAGUAAUAGGAAAUCCAAAUCGUCUUCCAGGACAUCUGAGUCACCUUCUCGGCAUAAAAGAAAUGAAAAAAGAAGUGCUAGUACUGAGAAUGACAGUAGUUCAAAGAGUAAUUCUGAUAGCUCUUCCAGUUCCUCUAGUUCUGAUUCCUCUUCGCGAUCUAGUUCUUCAAGUAGGAGGAGCUCAAAGAAAGGUUCUAAAACAAGUAAAAAUGAUAGGUCUCGUAGAAGAGAUAAGAAGCGCAGUAGCAGUAGUCAUCAGAAACGUAGUCCAAGUUAUGAAAGUGAUUCUAGAAGGAAAGGAGGAUCUCAUAAGGAUAAAAGGCAUGAACAUUCUAGUAAAGAUAGGAAAGGACGGGAUAAAAGGGAACGUAGAAGUAGGUCUCAUAGAAGUCAUAGUAGGGAAACUAGUGAGCGGCGUAGAGACAAAGAUGACAGGCAUCGUCGUGAUGUGAGGAGGAGUCAUGACAGUGAUCGCCGGUACAACAGUAGCAGUAGUAAACAUCACUCUUCUUAUCGGAGAGAUAGGAGUCGGUCACGUUCACAUAGUAGUCGCAGGGACAAGAAGAGCAGUGGAAGUGGUAAACGGCGACACAGAGACUCCUCAGGUUCCAGUUCUCCAUCAUCAUCAAAGAAACGUCAGAGUUCGAGAAGGGGAAUGGAGAAAAGGUCCAGAUAUUCUCAUUCUAGGUCAAGUUCUCCACCUUCUCGGAAGAAGUCCCAGAGACGGCGGGAUUCAUCUGAGAGCUCUCGGUCCACACGCUCACCUGAGAGGUCCACGGGUAAGAAGUCCGGCCACAGCCGUAACGACUGAUCCGGAUGCUCCUGGUUGAAACUCGAAAGGUUGUAUUUUUAUCUUUUUUAUAUUCUCUAUAUUUCUAGUCUUAAGUUUAUUAUAACGUUAUUGCAUGGGGGAUAUUCAAAUGGCAAUAUUUUAAGACGAAUUAAUGUGAAAGUAUUGUUUCAGUGUUUAAAAGCCAGCUAAAAAAUAUUAAUCUAUUAUACAUGUUAUAUUGUGAUAGUGUUGUUUGAUAGAAUGUUAUUUUAUGUUUAUGUAUUGUAUUAUUGUUUAUACAAAUUGGCAGAUUGUCCCUGUGCAUAAAAUAGAAAAUGCUUUAGCAUUUUGUGAAUGAGCCGUGAUUUUGACAUGUGAAUUGAACUCCAUUUAAAAUUUAUUUCGCAUGAAUUAUAAGUAGUUACUGUUUGGUCAAAUGAGAUUCAACAAUAAUUUCAUUGAAAUGGAAUUCGUUUCUCUCAGUAUUCUUUACCCUACAACAAUUACUCAGAUUUUUAAAAUGUAUUUUUGUUUUCUCUAACCUGGUAAGUGGGGGACAUUUUUCUCUUAAAAGAUAGGUUUGUGCUCAGUUUGCUAGUGCUGCUCAUUGUUAUUGUUGUUUUUUUUAAAAUCUGCAAAGCAUUUUUAUUAUCUGUGCAAGUUUCUGUACAUGAUAAUACUCACUCCUUCCAUUUCAACCAUAAUCUUGUGUAGAACAGGUGUGAAAGUUAUACAUUAUAUUAGGAAAAUGUUUUCAAUAAAAUUAAACUAUAUUUGAUUCCACAUUUCCAAGAAUUAAAAUAUGAUCUUUUUGUACAAAAGAAGAAAGUCGAGGUGGGGAAGGAAAAAUCUUCGUAUGCGAGUGUGAGCAUUUGCUUUCUUUUUUCUUCUCUUUUUCUUUCUUCUCCCUCUUGGGAAUGGGAAAAGUAAUAAUGUCCAAAAUGAUUACUUAAGGGAAUAAUUAAAAUAGCUUUGUAUGGUUAUCCUGUAAAUUCUGUAUUCUUUUAAAAUUUCAUGGUAGUAUAUUUUUUUAAUGGCCAGAUCAGUUAUACAGGUUCAGUAUACUGGGCAAUAUUCUUCUAGGUUAAUAGAAUAAUUCAGUUUCCCAAGGCGUUGAACUGAAAUGUUAAAAAAAAGUUCUAAGAGUGCGAUCAAAAUGGAUACAGUUUUGGUUGAUAAAGUUCUUUGCAACUUGUUAUGCUGAAUUCACUUUCUGAGAAGUGAUUUGUAUUGUUAACAACAGGUAUCAGAGUUUUCAGAUGUUUUUCAGUUGCUUGUUAAAAGAGAAGAUAUUCUUGUUUUGUAUCAGAUGCCACAGACAGUAAAGGAAUAGGUGUUUCUUUACAACUCUUCAAAAUUAAACCAAAGAAUUCCUGUAGAAACAAAAACUUUGCCACUAGGUUAAUAUAUUUCUAAAAUAAAUUUUUGAUGUUAAUUACUUUCAAAACAUUAUAUUGAAUGUUAUUUAAUCGCACGGGGUUUUCUGUUUACAGUUAAUAUUAACUGCAUUUAGAUGUUUUAUAAUAGCAGUUACAACUCCCAAAUAAAUAAGUAAAUAAAUAAAUAAACUUUGUCCUAUAGUCCUGUUCAGAGAGAGCACAUACUACCAUGACUGUGGCAGUGAUGUUGCACAAAUAAAAGUUUGCAUGAUUUAAGUUGUGAACUAAAUCAGUUGCAUGCAUUUUAAUGAAAAGAUAGGAAAUAUAUUUGGAACCAUUUCAAGAGCAGAACCCAAUCAUUUUAUUACUAGAAACAUAACUGAAUUGAAUUUACGUAUGAACUGAAACCGGAAAGUUAAUGAUUUUUUUUAAUUCCAAUAUCUUAUUGAAUCUCUCUUCAAAAUUCUGAAUUUUUGCUGAUGUUUUGUAUGUAGUGUGUCAAAUGCUUUGGUGCAUUAUCAACUGCGGUUUUCUGUUGUUGUUUUUUUAUACUUCUAGCUUGUGUAACACACAAAUCCCUCUUCUACAAAUUAAUCUAUGUAUUACUGGAUAAUUUGUUUUCUUAAAACAUCACCAUUCAUUUGUUUAUGGAUUCCUGGUUUCCUUUAAUUGUUUUAUGUAAAACAAUUGGAUUUUGAUGUAUAACCUAUAGUGAUGAUGAUUAUAAAUAAUUUUUGUUUUGUACCACUGAUGUUACUGAAUGUAUAAAUAAAUACAUAUUGCUAGAAUCUUAUGAAUGCAAAAGAGGGUAGAUUUCUCAAGUUGGCCUUGAAGCACACAAGUAAUAUUAUUUUUGGUUUUAUCCCUGUUGAAAACAUGUUUUUUAAAUUAUACAAGGGAGAAUUUUAAUAUUGAGGAUGUAAAAUGAAAAGUAAAUAAUCCAAAUUUCAUGGAAUUUUUACAUAUUCCCAUUUUUUUCAAAUAUAAUUUAAUGAAAUGAAAAUAAUCUAAUUUUAUUAUAAAUUAACAUCACUGAAAUUCAUCUAAAUGGCUAAAAAUGCCACAUUUGGUAAUGAUUGAAUAUAUACCUGCACACACUUAUUUUAAUUAUUAUUUUUUGUUUGCAAUGUAUACAUGCAGUGCAUGUAAUGGCAGCAUGAUUUGCAAGUAAUAGAGAGGAUGAGAUAACAAAUAGUUGGUAGAUUUUCAGUCUACUAUUUGUUUGUCAGUCUGGCGUUAGAUUUUCUUGAUCAGUCUUUUGCUUCCACGUAUUGGAAAGAGAACAUUUCUGUUUCAGUUGGCGACUGCGGGGACAAGGAAUGUGAAGACAUGCCUUUCUGACAGCUUUCAUGAAUUUUUUUUUUAUUUUAUUUAUUUUCUCUACUAAGCAUCUGAAGUAAAUGAAUGAAAUCUGACUUGAGGUGAAACAUGUAUGUAUGAAAACGCUUAAUUAAUACGCAGAAUUUUUUAUUGUAAAUAACGCCUCUUUUAAUGCUUCAUUUGAAAAAUGUAGCAUUUUGGAUUUGCUGAUAAUUUUAAUAUCAAGUUUCAAGAGUUUAAUUUAAUGUAAACACCCAAACUGGCCACUCCUUUUUGUGUCCUUUUUUAAUCUGUGAAGUUAGAUAUUGUAGUGUGUCAGUUGAUAUCAUUGAGAUAAAUGCAAAUUAUAUUAUUUUGAGUUAGAAGUUGGUACAUUACUUUUAAAGCACCAUUUACUCUAAUUCAGAGAAAUGUAGCUCAUGGGUACAGCAUUGGAUAAUUCACAUUCCAUUUAGUCUCCCACUGAGAGAACUGUUGCAUCCUAAUCAUAAUGAUUAAAAACAGGGGGUUUUCUAUUGGUGCUCUGUUUGGCAAGCUGAAUAAUACAAAAUACGUAUGCUGUGUGCUAUGUAUCGAUUGUGUAAAAUGCUGUGAACAGAUCGAUCAAUGAUGUUUUGAAUGAAUUAUCUGUUUUUAUGUUUAUAUGAAAAGUACAAUUACUAGAGAUGUUUGACAUACUAAAAUAUUUUCCUAAAGAAAAGUGGCCGAAAAUUCUGUUAAGCAAUAAAAUCCAAUUGUGGAAGGAUUAAGCAAAUCCAGUCUGGUGCAUAUGUACUUGCACAUGUGUGCUAAAUAUUCUUGAAGUUUAGCACUGCAAAAGUGUGAUAUCUUCAGAAUGUAUUUAUUAUGAACCUCUAUUUGCAUUUUAUUACCAACCAAUUCAACGUAUCCUUAGGUGCUAUUUUGAGACUUUUCUUAGGUGAAUAUUUCUUCCCCAUCUUGUGCAUUAUAAUGUACAUAAUUUCUUAUUGUAUGCUGCUUCACAUCCUCCCAAAUAAUAGAAUGCACUUGAAAGUGAGUAUUCCAGCAAAGUCUUUCCAUACAUUUUAAAAUGAAUUUAAAUUGUAAUAGAUUUAUAAAGCUUGUAAAAUUGUCCUAGAAAUAUUAAACAAAUUAGAA